AUGGCUAUUUAUCGGAGGAUACAGCUUCACUACACGUCCCCUGGGGCUGCUCCUCCAAGUAGUGCUGAGGAGAAGGUCCUGAGAGACAUUGUCAACGCCAUCGAGAUCAGCAUCGAAGCGUCAACUAAUUCGGCUGUCGGAAAAACAGAAGACAAAACCGUGACCGAAAAAUUCGAUACAGCCAUGAAAUUGGUGCUAGGUUUUUGCGAGGCCUACCCAACAGUGCAAGCUCGAUGGUCUAAGGAUCACCGAACAAUAGAAUUGGAAUAUGGAAAAGCGUCGGUUGAGGACACCUAUGCGGCGCAGCGUCUUCAAGAAAUCAUGAUGGCGCUGAAGAAGACCCACAUUUUCUCUAGUAUUCCCAAGAUAACAUUCAGGGUCGUUAUAUGGCAUGAAAAAAUGGUAAAAUGGGACGACGGGCAGAACGUGGGUCCGUAUUCCGUGGCCGAGGAGUACAAAAUUGAAGAAAAAGCCAGUGUCGACAUCAUGCUCUGUCGGCUCGUUGAACACUCUGCCACAACCUCUGAUCAACGCUUUUCACUGUCACUGGCGCAAAAUCCGCAGCUCUACGAGAUGUUCCCGAAUUCUAAGGCCCGCUUUGAUGCCAUCGUAGACGCAAUGCCAACAAACGAUGAAGAAAGCCCAAAGAUUUAUCCAGUUUUCCCUUGGGUAGUGAUGAAAAAAGUGAUCUCCCAGUCGAAUGCAUUGCACGUCAUUGUGAAUCGCCGCCACGCAAAAGACAAUAAAGUUCGAACCCAUACCGGCCAAGCUGGUAUACCAGAAGGCCAUUUCAAUCUCUGGCCCUUUCUUGAGCACGCGUGGUCACCACAUCCCGAGAGGGUCGUUGUCAGAGAUUUCUCUGGAAGACUUCUUCUGCACGACGUGCACAACGAUCAGCCGUCUACAGGAUAUUCCUCUCAAACGAGUUUCUCCACGACGUCGACAGCCGCCAACUUCGGUUCGGCGCCCACUGAUGCUAUUAUACACAAAAAGCAAUUUGGCAACAACAAUGUCGGACGAUCGCCUCAAUCAAAGGCCAACCUGCGAGGGCAGUUUUCGGAACGGGGCAAGAAGCAGCCGUCUGGGUCGCUACUGCCCCAGUCGACACCACCUGGAGCAGAGAGCGUGCCAGCUGACAUCCAUCCCUCCACCCUCCUAGCUCCUCCUUCGUCAUCCGCACCCAUUUCUCCACGAGGACAGAUACAGGGACCACCGCACAAUUCUCUCCUAAAACAACAAGCACAACAAUCAAUGACCCUACGACCUAACCUGCCAGGUUCCGUGUCUUCUUCACGACCACCCACUCCAGCAAUUCCUGGUCAACAGCCUUACCACACAACGCCCGCCGCCAAGAUGUUUCCAGGAUCGGAAGAUACACUCGUUCCAGGCCCAUCCUCGCAGAAGCCUCCUGGGCACGCCAUGCCGGGUGGGCCGUCGGGAAAGGCGACGAUUACGCCAAACGCUAGCGCCGCUGCUUCCCCUCAGGCCCAAAACCAAGGGAAAAAGAAGAAGCCCGGAUUGGAUAGCACACGCAAUCUGCACAGCAGAAACCAGAUGGAGACGCUGGAGGAUGAAGGCCAAGGAAAGAAGGGCCUCCUCUCGAGGUUUGGAAACAAGGUUUCUUCGUGGGUGUUCAGGUCUUAG